AUGACUCGUCCAGAUAUUGCUUUUGCAGUGAGUAUGGUUGGCCAGUUCAUGUCCGCGCCUACAGUUAAACAUUGGGAGGCUUUGGAGCAGAUCCUAUGUUACUUAAAAGGAGCUCCUGGACUUGGCAUAUUAUACAGCAAUCACGGUCAUUCUCGCAUUGAAUGUUUUGCAGAUGCAGAUUGGGCUGGAUCCAAGAUUGAUAGAAGAUCUACUACUGGUUACUGUGUAUUUGUUGGUGGAAACUUGGUAUCAUGGAGAAGUAAGAAACAAAAUGUUGUAUCUAGGUCCAGUGCAGAAUCCGAGUAUAGAGCUAUGGCACAAUCAACAUGUGAGAUAAUGUGGAUACAUUACCUUUUAACUAAAAUUGGGUUGAAGCAUCCUACUCCAUCAAAACUCUGGUGUGAUAAUCAAGCUGCACUCCAUGUUGCCUCAAAUCCAGUGUCAUGA